CAGGCGCGUAACAGCGAAAAAGCCCAAUCGAUGCUCUUCCGUUUCCGGGCCCAACAAGCCGCGGAUCUCGGAAUCAUCGACAUUGGGCGCACGCGCCGCCCGAAAGCCAUCACGACCGUUGACUCGAUCCCGAUGUGCGAGAAAUGGCGCGGCCAAGUGCUGAAGGAAAUCUCACGCAAAGUUUCCCGGAUCCAGGAGCUCAGUCUAAGCGAUUACCAGAUCCGCGAUCUGAACGAUGAGAUCAACAAGCUUAUGAAGGAGAAGUGGACGUGGGAGAUGCAGAUUCGAAACCUAGGCGGGCCGAACUAUAUGCGAGGCUCCGGACGGGUAUUUGAUGAUGAUGGGAGGGAAAUACCGGGUGGUGGGAAGGGGUAUCGGUAUUUUGGACGAGCGAGAGAGUUGCCCGGUGUGAAGGAGAUGUUUGAGGCGGCGGCGAGACGCGGGAGGAGGCCGGCUGAGGAGGAUGAUGAAGAAGGUGGGAAGGGGAGAGGUGGUGAGAUUGCGACGAAAAAGGUCGAUGCUAAUUACUUUGGGUAUGGGUUGGAUGAGGAGGAUGGCACGCUUCUGGCGUAUGAGAGGCAGAAGGAGAAGGAGGCUGUUGAGAGAUUGCGCAGGAAGGAUGAGGAUGUUGAGGAUGGGUGGGAGCCGUUGCCUGGUGAUGCUGGCGAUGGGGUUGAGUGGAGGUUGCCUACACUUGAUGAGGUUCAGGAGGAGUUGGUUGAUCGACGGAGGAGGAGGUUGUUGGAUAAGAUCUCAUGA